UUGUAUACAUACUUUUCCAAGUCUUAUAUCUCACUAAAGACAUAGCCAUAAAGAAAAUACAUUACCUGUUACAAUGAGUCCAUCACUUCAGAAGAAGUUUGUUGCUUCCAUUUUGCUGAUUUUUGUGCUUUGUGCAACUCAAGGCCUGUCCCAGACCUUGAAUGAUGCCUCCAUUGCUGAAAAACAUGAAAAAUGGAUGGCUCAGUAUGGUCGCACUUACAAGGACAUGGCGGAGAAGGAGAAUCGAUUCAAUGUAUUCAAGGAGAACUUGCAGUACAUAGAAAACUUCAACAAGGCUGGGAGCAAGACCUACAAGUUAAGCCUCAAUAAAUUUGCAGACUUAACGCAUGAGGAAUUUGUGGCCUUACAUACCAGUAAGAACAUGCCAACCAAGUCAUACCCAAUGAAAGAAGCCUUCAGCUACCAAAAGCUCACUGAUGUUCCACCAAGCAUGAAUUGGGUUGAGAAAGGAGCUGUCACCCAUGUAAAGCACCAAGGUUCAUGUGGAUGUUGUUGGGCAUUUUCAGCUGUGGCGGCAAUAGAAGGGAUUGUCCAAAUCAAAACUGGGCAAUUACAGACUCUGUCUGAGCAACAAGCACUGGAUUGUAACUUCAAGAAUUGGGGUUGCAAUGGUGGCUGGAUGGAUGAUGUGUUUGAUUAUGUUGUACAAAACCGAGGCAUCACAACUGAUACAAAUUACCCAUACCAGCAAAUGAAGGGAACUUGUGACACUACCAAGACUACAGAUAGUGCUGCCCAAAUUACUGGAUAUAGAGAUGUACCUCCCAACGAUGAGGCGGCAUUACUGGAGGCAGUAUCUCAACAACCUGUCUCGAUUGUCAUUGAUGGUAGCGGCCGCGACUUUCAAUUAUACGGAACUGGUGUUUUUACUGGAGAUUGCGACACUCGUAUAACUCAUGCCGUUACUGCAGUUGGGUAUGGUACAAGCGAGGAUGGUACCAAGUACUGGUUGCUAAAAAAUUCAUGGGGCGAGACUUGGGGUGAAAAUGGCUACAUGAAAAUUCAGAGAGAUUCUGGUGUUCCUCAAGGGCUCUGCGGAAUUGCCCAGAAAUCUUCCUAUCCUGUCAUCUAAGUAGUAAUCACAGUUGAAUAAAUUGCUUCUUGAGUUUCCUACACUACGCUUGUUAUGUAUCUUUGGCUCUAAAAUGCCACUAUACCCUACAAACAACAGAUGAUACAAAUAUAUUCUGCAAAAUAAUGAGAACUACAUUAUAAGUUUUGUAGUAA